CGGCGGCAGGUGGAGGAGGCAUUCCGGGACAACCGGAUGAUUGCUGUCUGCCAGUACAACUCCAUGCCCGGGGAGGACGUGGUGAUGAUGAGGCACUACCUCCGAAAGUACAACAUCCAGGUCAAGUUUUUCCUGAACGAGAUUGUCAGACCCGUGCUGUCCCAGUCCAAGUACAAGAACCUGCUCCCUCUCUUUGUGGCGCGUAAUAUCCUGCUGGUGAGCCCCGAAACGAAGGCGAAGGAGAUGCUGCGGGUGCUGAAGGGAGUGCCACAGAUCAACCUCCUCGGCGCCUGCAUCGACGACACCAUCCUGAGCAGGCAGGGAGUGGAGAACUUUGCCAAGCGGCCCCCGCUGGAGGCCGCCCAGGGCCAGACGGUGGGUGCCCUGGCCCUCCUGCCCUCCCAGACCUCCUCCCUGCUCCAGCGCGGCCCCGCGUACCUCACGGCUCUCCUGGAUCAGCAC